AUGUCACUCACUCCACAGCUGCAGAUUUUAUUAGCUUUUCAGCAACAUUCUAAUGAGGAAAAGGAACAAAAUGUGAUUCGCAGACCCAGACUAUUUAACAAAAGAACCAUUUUGGACAACUUAACAAAUGAGGAAAUCAAACUACGCUACCGGUUUGGAAGAGCUGCCAUUCUAGAUUUACAUUCAAAGUUGAAACCAUACUUAGAUCCACAAACGAAACGCAACCAUGCAAUUUCUGGAAUUGGGAAGCUUUUAGCUACUUUACAUUUUCUGGCCUCUGGAUCAUUCCAGACAACUGUCUCUGCAGUAUCAGGUUGUAGCCAGCCUACUUUUUCCAAAAUUUUAAACCAAGUAUUAGCAGGGAUAACUAGUUUGGCACCACAGCUUCUUCACUACAACAUGAGCACCAAUAACUUAUGUCGAAUUAAGGAAGACUUUUAUGCAAUGGCUCAUAUGCCAAAUGUUAUUGGGGCUAUAGACUGCACACACAUUGCAUUGAUACCACCUUCUGAUAAAGAAAGACUAUAUUAUAAUCGGAAAGGCUUUCACUCUGUUAAUGUGCAGGUGGUUUGUGAUGCACAUACCAAAAUUCUUGAUGUAGUUGCCAAAUAUCCAGGUUCAAGCCAUGAUUCUUUCAUAUUUAGAAACUCACACUUACACGACAGACUUUGUCAAGGAGAAGCACAAGAAGGAUGGUUACUUGGGGACAAUGGUUAUCAAAUAAAACCAUGGCUUAUAACACCACUGUUAAAUGCAGAGACGCAAGCAGAACAACGCUUUAAUAAAAGCCACAAAACAACAAGAUGCAUAAUAGAGAGAACAUUUGGGAUUUUAAAAAGCAGAUUCCGUUGUCUUGACAAAACUGGCGGUGCACUGUUUUAUCGGCCUGAAAAAGUGUGUCUAAUCAUCUUUUGCUGCUGUAUAUUACAUAAUUUUGCCCUUGUACAUAAUGAGAAUAUUGACGGUUUAGAGGAUCUCAGUCAAGUGGAAGACAUAGAUCAGUUCCAUCCUGAAGAUACUCCUGAAGGUGUGCUAGUACGUCAACAGAUUAUAGACAAUUUUUUUUAA